AUGUCACAAACUUCCUUUGGAAUCACCAUAUGUGACCUCCUUGAGCGUCAGUUUCAAUUGGCAGAACGAGGAACUGAUAUCGCGACGGAGGUUCGUGCAGGGACGGCUUCCUUUUUGACCCUAUCGUAUCUACUCUUGGUGAAUCCCAAAAUCAUGUCGGAAGCUGGUGUUGAUCAUGAUGAUGCAGUCUUUGCAACUGCUCUAUCUGCCACGGUAUCUUGUUUCAUCAUUGGAUUUUUUGGCAAUCUACCAUUCGGCUGUGCCCCUGGGCUUGGCCUCAGUGCCUAUCUUACCUUCGGUUUGGUCCAGGCAGAGAUGUGCACCUUGCCACAAGCCCUCAGUGCCUGUUGGUGGUCUGGAAUUUUUGUAUUGGCCAUUAGUCUUUCCGGUGGUACUGCCGUUUUGAUGAGAACCGUCCCUCAAGCCAUCAAACUGGCAAUUGUCGUUGGCAUGGGGUUGUUGAUCGCGAUGAUUGGAUUGGUGACGGUUGGCAUCAUUGUGGCUAAUCCCAAGACACUGGUUGAACUGGGUCCCGUAUGGAGUGAUUCGGAGCUCCAACUUUGCCUGAUUGGAAUCCUGUUGGUUGCCUCGUUGCUGCAUCACGAUACGAAGGGCGCCAUUUUGAUUGGUAUCAUUGUGUUGACUGUGGUUGACUGGAUCUUCAAAGAUUCCUGGCCAACCCAAAUUUUUCAACUUCCUCUCUACAAUUCCAAUCAUUAUUUUGACCCCAGCGUUCUAUGGGAUUUGAGCAUCGGAAACGUGAUUUAUCCGGCCAUUGGUUGCUUUGUAUUGAUUUGUAUUUUUGAUAUUUCAGGAGUUAUCUUUGGGUUGGCCACCUUAGGUGGAAUCAUGAAAGAGGAUGGUGAAAUUCCCGGAUCGACUUGGGCGUUUGUUGCUUCCGGAGUAGGCACGAUCCUCGCUGCAUUGACUGGUUCUACUCCAAUUAUUGUCUGCGUGGAGACUGCUAGUGGUGUACGAGAGGGAGGUCGCACUGGGUUGACAGCAGUCGUGAUUGGGUGUUACUUUGCGGCAAGUUUGUUCUUGGCGCCUCUCUUCAGUUCGGUUCCUGAUGUGGCAACGGCUCCCGUCUUGGUCAUGGUAGGAGUCAUGAUGAUGGGUGAGGCAGCUAAAAUUGAUUGGGAUAAAAUGAGUGAUGCCCUUCCCGCCUUUUUGACAAUCAUAUUGAUGCCGUUGACGUACAGUAUUACCAAUGGUAUGAUUUUUGGGUUGUUGGCAGCCUUUGGAUUUUAUUUUACCACUGGCCAAUUUAUGAAAGAUGCAAAUGAACUACACAGCAGUUGUAAGCAGCAUGGCGAUACAGAAGAGAAUGAAGAGGGGGCAAAUCUGGUCGAAGCAGAAGCCAAAAGUGGAUCGUAUGGGACAGUCUAA